AUAAUGACUACUAACCUUCGGACCGGGAAGUGUACCAUUGGCUUGCUACGUAUAUUACGCUAUUCAGUGAAUGAGAGAAUCUGUUAGCAAAAGACAACAGAAACAAACGGAGCAACCACGGCAGUGACAUGGUUCUUAAGGAAGUUCUUCUAAUGGGCGCUGGUGCUGCCACUUUCAUUGCUGCAGCCCCUGUCGUUUUAGGGGCAGCGGGCUUCACCGGCUCUGGGGUAGCAGUCGGUUCUGUCGCUGCAAAGAUGAUGGGUGCCGCAGCUGUUGCCAAUGGAGGAGGUGUUGCAGCUGGAAGCAUGGUGGCUAUUCUUCAAUCAGCUGGAGCAGCAGGACUGUCAUUCAUUGCUAAUGCAGCAGUCGGGGCUGGAGGUGCUGUAACCGGUGCAUUGCUUGGACUCUGGAGAAAAUAACCUAAAUAAAUUACCAUUCUUCCUAAACCCUGAAUAUGAUCCAAAAUGUAUUUGAUUAUUAAAAGUCCACAUGUAAAGCA